CAAAACUAAACACAUUACCGCGCGCCGGCCUCUGCUCUAAACGUUCUCCCGGUUUAAUCACCAUGUGAAGUAUAAACAUCAUUAAAAUCGGCGUAAUGGCGUAAGGUGUAAAUUAUACAAUGUCUGCGAGAGUUCUGUGUAUGGUGGUUCUGUUGGGAUGUGCGGUAUCGGAGAGAGAGUAUACCCCUGGUAUUAUAGGUGGUAUAUUCUAUGAGGAAGCGGAGAGUUUGAAAACAGCGUUGACAGUCAGUGCCCGGAUGUACAACUUUACUGCCUCAAUAAAGGAGGUGUCUGGCCGAGGAAAUAUACUCGAGCUGAACAGCCUUAUCUGUGAAUUAGCUGAGGAAGGUGUCAUAGGAAUCAUAGAUGGAGUCGGUGGCCGAGCUUCUGAGAAUAUUCAAGCUGUAUGCGAUACGCUCGAAAUGCCGCUAAUAUCGAUACAAAACAGCGACUUGGACACGAAAAACUGGUCUAUAAUUAACAUGUUUCCAAGUCCUGAUGUUUUUAAUAUGGCUUUGCAAAGUAUAAUACUUCAGAAGGACUGGAACAAUUUUACAAUAAUAUACGUGAAGGGACACACUCUAACUAAAGUUCACGAACUGAUGAAGAUGGGAAAACCGACGGAGAAAAAUACCGUUGUCCUGAGAGAACUGAGCGGUGAUGAUUACAGGGACGUACUAACGAACGCAAAAUUGAGCGGUUUUACAAACUUCAUAGUGGACUGUCCGACGGUACAUCUAGAGCAAAUACUGCGCCACGCCCAGCAAGUUGGCCUCAUGGCGGAUGAGCACUCGUAUAUCUUUGUAUCGCCGGAUCUCUUCACCAUCGACCUGACGAGAUAUAGAUAUGGCGGUGUUAAUAUGACAGGUUUCCGACUAACAGAUUUAAAACGUGACCAGCGACUCUGGGAGUUCACGGAUCUGUAUAACAACGAGACUGGCGACAUGCUGGAGAGCGCUGCCUUGGAGACUAAAGUGGUGCUGGUGCAUGAUGCUGUCAAGACGCUGUAUUCUGCACUGUCCAAGCUGCAGGUGCAGCCCGCCUCGCUGAGCUGCGAGAACUAUGAUGCCUGGAUGUACGGAUCAUCGGUGAUGAAUUUUAUUAAAACUAGCUCAAUAGUAGGCUUGAGCGGUCCACUAACUUAUGACGGCUUCGGACAAAGAAUAAACGUAAAUUUUGAAGUCCUAGAACUGACUCCAGCUGGCAAUCAGUCGAUGGGCGAAUGGAAGAAAAAUACACUAGUAAUACAAAGACCACCGGUGCCACAAGCUGAAAUUGCAGAGGAGACCAUAAUGAGAAACAAGACUUUUAAGGUGCUCAUUGCAACGACACCUCCAUACGGAUUCGUCAAAGAAUCACUUCAAAAAUUAGAAGGUAAUGAUAGAUACGAAGGCUUUACCAUCGAUUUGAUAGACAAAAUAGCCGAUAUAUUGGGCUUCAGUUACGAGUUUGAAACCGAAAAAGACUAUGGAAGCUGGGACUCUAAAACAAAGAAAUGGAACGGGAUGGUUUUAAAACUGAGAGAAGAGAAAGCAGAUUUUGCGAUAUGCGAUUUCACUAUAUCGGCGGAAAGACAACGCGGAAUAGAUUUUUCAACGCCAUUCAUGACGCUCGGUAUUGGAAUAUUAUACAAACAGCCAAGUAAACAACCACCUGAAAUGUUCUCUUUUAUGGCAGUUUUCUCUCAAGAGGUGUGGUACUACAUGCUAUUCGUGCAGCUUGGUCUGGGCGUGGUGAUGAUCUUCGUGGGUCGCAUCUCGCACAAGGAGUGGCAGAACCCGGUGCCGUGUGUGGAACAACCGGAGGAGCUCACCAACCAGUUCAGCUUCGCCAACUCCAUCUGGCUGAUCAUUGGAUCUGUUAUGCAGCAGGGAUCGGAGAUUGCUCCAAUUGCUCUUGCACCACGUAUAAUCACGAGUGUGUGGUGGUUCUUUACAAUGGUGAUGGUGGCAUCAUACGUCGGUACUCUAGUGGCUUUCCUCACUGUCGAGAAAAAUGUACUCCCCUUCCAAACAGUUGAAGAGUUGUAUGAACAUAAGGGUAUUGCAUUUGGAACAAAGAAGAAAGGUACUACGAUCAACUUCUUCAAGGAAUCUACAAACCCAAUAUAUAAGAAGAUGUAUGAGAAAAUGAAAGCAAAAGACUGGCUAGUCGAUGACAACGACGAUGGCGUCGAGAUCGCUGAAAAUUCGACGUAUGCAUUUUUCAUGGAAUCAACUUCGAUUGAAUAUACCACCGAGAGACACUGUGAUUUGCUCCAAGUGGGUGAUUUACUGGACUCCAAAAGCUACGGGAUCGGUAUGAUAAAAGGGUCGCCUUAUAAAAAGUACAUAGACGAUGCACUUCUCAAACUGAAGGAGAGCGGUGACAUACAAAAACUAAAGGACAUUUGGUGGAAGGAGAAAAGAGGCGGCGGCAAGUGCGGCGAAAAACGCGAUGAGGAAAACAAGCAGCUCGGUCUAAAGCAUAUGCUGGGUGCGUUUGUGGUGCUCGGAGUUGGGCUGCUGAUAGGUCUCGUCAUCUCCACACUAGACAUGCUGUGGGGCGUCUUCAAACGAUCCGUCAAGUAUAAUACGACAUUCAAGUACGAGCUGAUAGAAGAACUGAAGUUCGCUGUGAUGUUUAGUGGUGACAUAAAGCCAGUGAAGAGGCCGUCCAAGACGUCGUCCAGCGCCGAGGCUUUGGCGGAAUCGGAGGCGAAGGAUGACAUUACGUCCUUGAAGUCCAUUGGUUCUGGACGCUCUACUGACACUCACAGGACGCAUCACUCGCACAGUUCGAAACAUUCUUCCGGUUUGAGUGUAGCUUUCGCUAGGAGAAGAGAGUAUACAUAAAGGGGUAAUUAAUAGGGUCUAUUCAAAAAGAGGAAGUACUCGACGAUGCAUAAAAGUGUAGCGGUACCACAAGGACAAUGAGUUAAAAUAUCAUAUAGCGUAGGCAGUUCUUGUUAAUAUAGUUUUGUAUCGCUAUUAUGCAUCGUAGUAUCGCGUAAUUCAAAGUAAACUGACCCAAAUGUUUUAGGUAAUUAGCUAAUGAAGAAAGCAAGAAGUGUAAAUGAGACUAAAACAAAAUCGUGCAAUUACUAGUUAU